AUGCAGCGGUCAGCAGGCCACACGCGUCCUCAUGCCUCCUGGAUCCAGGAGCCUCCAGUGCAGCCCAGGCCCACGGGUGGACCCGCGCCCAGCCCAGGGUGUCCGCACCCGCCGCGGAAGGGGGCACUGCAGGCUCCCCGCUUCGUGAUCCGGCGCCUCCCCGCCACCCCAGCUCCCGCUCCCGGCCCCGAACCCCUCCCGGCCGCGGCCGGACCCCAGCCCCCUCCCGGGCCCCGCCGCCGGAGGGCCCCACGCGCCCCCUCCCCACCUCCGCCGGGGACUCGCUGCCCGCUCCCCGGGCCGGCCCCCGGCCCUCGCCUCCCGCGGCCUCGGGCCAGGCCCGAUACCCACCCGGUCACCGCGGCGGGUGCCGGAAUUUCGCGCCGGCGACGGGAGCCGCCCCCGCCGCCGCCGCCUGCCGCCGCCACUGAGGCGCGGCGGGGCGGGGACACGCGGCCAGGCCCGGCCCCCGGCCGCCCUCGGGUCCGCCCCGGCCCCCGCCCCGGCCCCGGUCCCUCGGCCCUUGCCCGCCGCGUCCGCCCUCGACCUCAACCCCCGCCCGGCACCCGCUCGCCCUCGGCCCCCAGAUGUCCCUCAGGACCCCCGCCCCCCGAGACCGUGCCGGCCGGGAGCCCCGCGCCCACCCCGGAGCGCAGGCAGGGCCCCCGCGCCCCCCGGGGCGCUCCACGAGGAACGAAGGCUGAGCGCGCAGCCAGCGCGGGGCCCAGGCGAGGGUCCCCGGCCCACCUGCAGGUGCAGCCAGCCCCGGAGCCCCUCGCUCGGCGCCCCCUCCGCCUGCCACCCUGCGGGGGUCCCCAGGAACCCGGCACGGUCCCGCGUGGCACCGAGGUGCCCGGCCUGGAGUCGCGGCGAUACUGUUUCCGCGCUGGAGAAACGAGCCUUCAGGCCCGGGCGGAGAGAGAGGGGGCGCGAGCUCGCACACUCGUGCUCAGGUCUCAACUGGAAGGUGGAUCCACUUCUGAAGGAGAGGAGGAACAGAAUAAUGACAACAACGGGGUCUCACUGUUGGAGAGGAGCAGCGAUCAGAGAAGCGACGAGGCUGCUGGCACCAGAGAGCCUUCCGAAGGGGAAACCGCGGCAGAAGACGCCGCGCCCGAUGGGGAAGUCGCAGCCGAAGAUGAAGCUGCAACCAGAGCAGAAUUCCCACUGGAAGGGGAUUUGGAAUCCAGUGUGGAACAGGCAUCUGAAGGGGAAUUCAAAUCCGAUUUGGAAGUUGUUUCCCCUGAAGGGAAUGUCAGCUCUAUAGACCUGUCUGAGGCAGACUUCAGUUCCGAGGAACAGUCUGCAGCCAGAGUUGGACCCACUUCCCUUGAAGAUGCCUUCAGAGAAGCCACCAGCCCGUCUGAGGCAAGACAAGAGGGAGCUGCCUCCGUACAGCCAUCGCAGCAAGGAGUGGAGUCUUCCGAGCAGAUGGGCCAGUCAGCCUCGGUUAGCCAGAUGACGCAAUCCCACGAAGACAUGGCCUUUGCCCUGGCGGCGCAUCACCGCCUCCGGCCGACCCGCGGGAGCAGUGUCCUGUCCUCCGAUGCGGACGAGCUCUUCCUGGGCCUGGAGGAGCCGCUCGCCCUGCAGCCAGACGAGCCGGAUGCCCCCCCCAGGGAAGCAGCCCGGCCGCCGUUCCUGGACACGAUCCAGCAGCUCAGCACGGCCGAGGAAGGGGCCCUGGCGGGGAGAGUGGAGUCGGAGGGAAGCGACGAGGCUGAGGAGGACGAAUCCCAGCUGGUGGUUUUGGACCCAGACCAUCCCCUGAUGAUGAGGUUCCAGGCUGCCCUGAAGAACUACCUUAACCGACAGAUAGAAAAGCUGAAGCUGGAACUUCAGGAGCUGGGCGUGGCCACCAAGCAAAGCCGAGCCCAGCGGCAGGAGCUGGGGGUGAACCUGUACGGGGUCCAGCAGCACCUGGCCCGCCUGCAGAUGCAGCUGGAGAAGAGCCACGACCGCCACUCCGUUGCUGCCUGCCAGCGGCGGAAGGAGGAGGAGGAGCUGCAGGCCAUGCGCGCCCGCUACACCAAGACCUGCCAGGCUGCCAACAACGAGCGCAGAAAGUUGGCGGCUCUGCAAGCAGAAAUGGAGAGCCUGGCUCUGCGUCUCUUCUACAUGCAAAAUAUAGACCAGGAUGUCCGCGACGACAUCUGCGUGAUGAAGCAGGUGGUCAAGAAAGCCGAGGCGGAGAGGGUGCGGGCGGUGGUCGAGAAGCAGCAGCAGGACCUGCACGUGGACCAGCUCACCGUCAGGGCCCAGCAGCUGCAGGAACACAUCGCCCUGCUCCAGGCUCAGUGCCUGGCCCAGGCCGAGGACACCCGCUGCUUGAGGAAGGCGGUGAGCGAGGCCUGCAUGGAGAUCGAGGCCAUCGGCAUGGAGAAGAAGCGCGUCCUGCAGCAGUGGGCGGGCAGCCUGCUGGGCAUGAGGCACCGCGACGAGGCCUACAGGACCACCCAGGAGGCACUCAGCGAGUGCCAGCAUCAACUCAAGUCCAUCGAUGGUGAGAUUGAGGCCUAUAAGAAAUCAACCAUGAAGGAGGAAGAAAAGAACGAGAAACUGGCGAGCAUCCUGCACCGGGCAGAGAUGGAAGCCAGCCUGAUGCAGAAACUGACCGCCCAGUGCCUGGCCAAGCAGGAGGCGCUGCAGAAUGAGUUCAACACCUACAGGCUCACCCUGCAGGACACGGAGGACUCCCUGGGCAAGGCCCACCUGGAACACACGACAGUCUCGGGCGAGCUGCAGGCUCUCCGUCAGACCAUCCAGGACGAGCUGGAGCUGAGGAAGAAGAUGGAGGCAUCCAUCGUGGAGAAGCUGCAGGAGCACGUGACGUCCAACAAGAUGACCAAGUACUUCAACCAGCUCAUACUGAGGCUCCAGAAGGAAAAGACCAACCUGGUGACACAUCUCUCCAAAAUUGAUGGGGACAUCGCCCAGACCACCCUGGACAUCACGAACACGAGCUGCCGACUGGACACGCACCAGAGAGCACUGGCCGAGCUGGACAGGGAGGUGAAGACGGUCAACGAACUCAUCUCCAACAGCGAGAACGAAAUUUCCAGGCGAACGAUCCUGAUCGAGAGAAAGCAAGGGCUCAUCAACUUCUUCAACAAGCAGCUGGAGCAGAUGGUUUCGGAGCUGGGGGGAGAAGAAGUGGGGCCCCUGGAGCUGGAAAUCCAAAAGCUGACCAAGCUGAUUGAAGAGCACAACGCCAGCAUGACCCAGGCACAGUCCACCUGGCUCCGCCUGCAGCAGGAGAUGGUCAAGGCCACCCAGGAGCGCGAGGAGCAGCUGGGUGCCCUGGACACGUUCAGGAAGGAGAUCCACAUCAUGGAGCAAAAGAAGCUCCGCAUGGAGAACAAGAUCACCCAGGAGCAGAAGGAGCAGAAGGAGAUCGAGCGGCACAUGAAGGGCCUGGACAACGACCUCAAGAAGCUCAACGUGCUGAUGAACAAAAACCGGAGCAGCUCGCAGGAGCUGCAGCAGGACAACCUGGUGACGGAGAACGAGUUCGUGCGCUCGCUCAAGGCCUCGGAGAGGGAGACCCUCGAGAUGCAGGAGAGGCUGGCCCAGCUCAGCGAGGAGAAGGCGGCCAUCCUGAACAACCUGCUCGAAGCAGAACACCAGAUCAUGCUCUGGGAGAAAAAAAUCCAGCUGGCGAAAGAGAUGCGUGCCUCAGUGGACUCCGAGACGGGCCAGAUGGAGAUCCGGGCCAUGAAAGCCGAGAUCCACCGGAUGAAGGUCAAGCACGGGCAACUGCUGAAGCAGCAGGAGAAGAUGAUCCGCAGCAUGGAGAUGGCUGUCACCCGCCGGGACACCAUCGUGACACGGGCCGAGGGGCAGGCCCGGAUGGACAAGAAGGUGCUCACCCGGACGGACUUCCACCACAGGCAGGCCGAGCUGAGACGAAGAGUCAGGGACGUCCACAAGGCCACCGAAGAGUGCAUCAGAACCAUCACAGAGCUGGAAGAGACGCAGAAGGCCCUGAGUGACGACCUCCUAGGGAAGCAGGAGACGCUGGCCAGGCUGCAGACCGACUCCGACGUCCUCGACGCCGACCUCGACCGGCUUGUGGCCCUUAAGCGACAGAACCUGCUGGAGAUCGUGGCCCUGCAGACGCGGCUGAAGCACCUGCAGGCCGUGAAGGACGGGAGGUACGUGGUCCUGUUCCGCAACAAACAGGCCCUCCUGACGGAGAGCAAGCGGCUGGAGGACCGGCUGUCCGCCAUCAGCUCCAUCCUCCACCACGUCAGGGACGAGUACCCCCAGUUCCAGGAGGCCCUGCUCAGGAUCAGCCAGACCCUCUCCACCAGGCGGGAGCCGGUGGGGCCUUCCUAGGGGCACACCCGCCCCGCCGCCCCGGAGGAGAGCCAUCAGAACGUUUAUGAGCGGGGACUGGACUCCGUCUGUGUUUCUGAAAGCCAUGCUCACCUUGUAGAGCGGGACAGUCAGAGAAAUGGGUAUUCUAGCACCACACAGUUUCUUUUUAAGCACCCAGCAGCUGAGACCAAGGAAAAAUGCUGCUUCUGGUUGCAUUUUAGUGAGCUGCGCCUUACCAAGGCGGUUCCCGGAAAUGCAAACCCAAAUCCCUACACUGGACUCCCUGAUCCAAGUCAGGCUUUCUCCAUUUCCGCACACGAGGGGGUCAGCAGGGAGCCGUUUCCUGCAAGCAGUCACUGGCCUGGGUGUGGCUUUUCUGGGCUGACCCGUCCCCGCGCGCCGCUCCCAAGGUGCCUCUGAGAAGCCCACCGACCCCAGGCCCCCGGCCCCUUCCCCGCCCACACUCCCCCCCAGACUUAAAUUCAGAUCCACAGUGGGCAGCAGGGAGGCCCCGCUGCUGCUGCUUUCUUCAUUAUUACCAGAUCAUUCUUCCUCCCACACCCCUCUAGUUCUGCGUAAUGUUUACUUGGUGGUUUCUCUGAAGCUCCACGAAGAAUUUUACUUUCAAACUGUUAAGUAGAAAAAAUAAGCUUUUUUCUGAA